AUGAAAGUUUUCAAAUCUUCAAUAUCCACUUGGAUCUUACUAGUAUUCCUCCUCAAUUUUUUCAUUGUUUUUUUCACUCCUUCAAAUGAAGAUCAUAAUAAGAUUCAUCAUAUUCAUUCAACUUCCUUACCAAAAGAGAAAUCACCUCAUGAAUUUCUCUUGAUCUCUUCAAAUAAUAGAAGCUACACUAAUACAAUUCAACCAUGGAUUAAGUUUCACCAUGGUAGAAAGAACAAAACUAGUUUGGACAAGAUUGAAGAAGGUUUAGCACAAGCACGAGCGUCAAUUCAUCAAGCAAUUCGAUCCAAGAAAUACACAAGCACCAUCAAACAAAGUUUUGUCCCAAAAGGAUCCAUUUACUUGAAUCCAAAUGCUUUUCACCAAAGCCACAUAGAAAUGGUGAAGAGAUUCAAGGUAUGGGUGUACAAUGAAGGAGAACAGCCAUUGGUGCAUGAUGGCCCGGUAAACAACAAAUAUUCCAUAGAAGGCCAAUUCAUUGAUGAAAUGGACACAAGUAACAAAAGUCCAUUCAAGGCUACUCAUCCUGAUCAGGCCCAUGUUUUGGUUGAAGAUUAUAUCAACAUUGUUGCAAAUAAGUAUCCUUAUUGGAAUAGAAGCCAAGGUGCUGACCAUUUCCUUCUUUCAUGCCAUGAUUGGGGACCACGAGUUUCUGAUGCUAAUCCUGAACUCUUCAAGUACUUCAUUAGAGCACUCUGCAAUGCCAACACUUCAGAAGGCGGGGCACACGGUAAGAUUAGAAAAAAACUGUUGAAGCAAUGGAAGGAAAAGGAUCAAGAAGUUCAAGUGAAUGAGUAUCUUCCAAAAGUGAUGUGCUUAAUUGGAGUCAAUUUUCUAUGGAAAUUGAAGUUGGUAGAAUACCAGAAAUUAAGAGUAUUUUACAGAAUGUUACAGAAGAUAAGUAUAGAGUUUUGUAUUCAAAUAAGAUUAAAUUUUGAGUUACUAGUUUAG